GGUUACGAGGGGGAGAGGCGAAAACAGGGUCAAUUAUGAGACUUAUCUGAAAGAGGAGGACUUGCCACACAUCUGGCAGCAGCUGGAUGUCAUAGUGUGUGUGGGAGGGAGAGGCAGAGAGUUGGGAGCGUGUCGGGAUGUGAAGAUACGACAGCUCUCCAAAAGAGAAGACUUUUUUAAGCGUCCCUGCACUGGACCUGAAAACUAAUUAUACUACAGCUGCCAGCCUAGGGUGGAGAGAGCACCAGAGAAAACAAGCGACCAGGAGAAAAGCAGCAGAGAGAAGCAGCUGGUAUUAAAACUACAUCGAAAAAGGACUGCUGAGACUUGAAGCAUCAUCAUCAUCUCAAGUUGGGAGUGUCUGCUCUGCUCCUCAUGGCUCCUCCCGCUCUGUUGAUGGUGCUGAUGGUGGUUGCCAUGGCAACUGGGGCCCGUUCAGUAGGCAGUGAGGAGGAGAACGAACUGGAUUAUGGGUACUGGAACUACAGAGAGGGAGCUGACAGAGUCAAUGUGGCCUCAGUGCGCAGUGUGACCAGAGUUUUAGACGUCUGGGGAAAACGCAUUUUCAAUGAGAUCAAGACUUUGCUUCACUCACAGCCCAGCACACUGCUGCCUGACUACUCCAGGGUGCGCCCUCUGUCCGAGUCCGUCAACGACUUGUUCAGAGAAGUCUCCCUGCUGCACCGGCGCAUCACCGAGCUCAGCCAUCGCCUAGCAACCCUGGAACCUUUCCUCCGUCGCCACGGCUACCGAGAGGAGGGGGAGGAGUUGGCGGGAGGCGGCCGGGCUCUGACGAGCCUGGUCCGGUACAACCCGAGGAGUAGGGUGAGGGCGAGCCUCCCGAAGAGGACCCGGGUGGUGAUGAGGAAACGGGCGAGAAUGUUGAAGAACGGGGGAGUGAAGGUGCUUCAGAGUGAGCGAUAGAGUGGAGAGGAAGAAGGUAAAGAGUGCGAAUGUUUCAGAUUUUGCAAAUAUUAUAAAAUGUAUGAAAUAUAUCUUUGACAUUUGUAGAUUUUCAGUAUGUAAAUCGACAAUAACUCGCCCUGUGAGGUCAGGACUGAUGCAGCAUUGUGUA